CCGCGGCUGUACGGCACAGCUGAUUGUGGCUUCAGCUGAUUGUGGCUCAAGAUGGUGGAGGUGCAGUAGUGGUGUUAGGCGCGCGGCGAUAUUUGUGGCGUUAACAGGUCUCUAUACCACGAUGUUAUGGAUGUAGUUGGUGUAGGAGGUAUAGAGGCGGCUGAUAUGGUCACUAUGAGGGGUGAGGGUGUGUCGGUGGGGUCCAGUGGUAGUGGAACCAUCUCGGAUUCUACGUCUGGACUACAGAAUUCUCAAGGUUUGGAGUGCCACACCAAUGGUACCGGCGCCAAUGGAGAUACCCAGUGGAAGAUUCUGUCUCAGGAUUCUUCCAAGAUGAGCAAGAUUCGGGAAAUAGUGGAGAACUCUGCCAGUGUGGGGAGUAAGUGCGUUGUGGAGAGUCUGGUACAGCAAGUGAGCCAACUUUCUGAUGUGGAGAAGUUCCUACUGUACCUCAAGCUGCCCGUUGGCCGACCCCCAGACACUGAUCCGCUCAAACACGUGUCUUCCAGCCCCUUGAAUCCUUUGGGUAGUCGGUGUGAAAUACAACUCACAAUAACAUGGAUACGCACCCACUUGGAGAUGAACAGCGAGGUGUCUCUGCCAAAACGUGAAGUUUACAACGAAUACAUGCACUACUGCAACCUCAACGACAUCAAGGCUUUGAGUACGGCAGACUUCGGUAAAGUGAUGAAGCAAGUCUUUCCAGGGGUGAGACCACGAAGGCUCGGCCAACGUGGUGCCUCCAAGUACUGCUACUCCGGCCUUCGUAAGAAAUGGGCUCUUGAUCCUCCUGACUUACCUGAUCUCAAUGACAACAUGACUAAAAAAAAUAUGUUGGGUGUGGACUGUGUGGUGGAUGAGAGUGAAGUAGAGCGAGCCGCUAGCUGCUUAGUUUUGGAAUGGGCCGAGAAGCUGUGUUCAUUCAAAUUUGAGUGUAUCCGAGACCUGGCCCUACACCUGGUCCACAAAAACUACGUUGAUAACCGAUCGGUGGCUGCCUUCACUCUACUCUCCGUUGCUGAUCAGAAGCAGGGGGUGCUCGUGGGGAGCGGAGCCACUGGUGGGAAGCACAGAGAAACGCAGCUUCAGCUCCAACGUAAGCUGCAGGAGCGGGAACACAUCAGAGAGCAGAAGAGAAAGCUUCAGGAACAGCAACCCCCUGUGAAUAAAUGCAAUAAUGAACGACCAAAGUCCAGAAGGCGUAGUGGAGCAUCAUCUCGCAACCCAUCAGGCGAGACUUUAGCAAAUGGGACCCCACCCACUGCUCCAAAUAACAAAACUGGUCCCAACUCAGGGGGUCACCUUCCUACUGCCACCUCCAUAAACGCCACCAUCACUACCACCACCACCACCACCACCACCAACGGCAACUGUGAUAGCUUGACCUCCGAGCUUCCCAAUGGUGCUACGAAUGACAUCUCCAGCAUCAACUCUAAUAAUGUACUAGGCAUAGCAACUAUCAAGCAGGAACAGACUCUAGAUUUUCUGGACUCUCUCACUGAUGAUAAGAUCUUGGAACCCAAAUGUAAUGUGGAUGGAAAGAAUGGGAAUUUUAAUAGUAAUAUAAUAACUAAUGUAGGACACACUCACCAGCCUGUCAGAAGAAACUGUAGUACUAGCAGUAUUAUUAAUAGUUUUGGGUCAGAAGUAAAGAAACCACUUGGUAACAAAGUACCAAUUUCUAAAAGUAAUCCCGCAAAGAAGACGUUCCUCCUCAUGCCUUCCACAGUUCCCAAAAGUACAUCUCCAAAAGCAAGGUUUAAAGCCAUCCAACCCAAAGUGACUGAGAAUAAUCAAGGUGCACUUACAGGAGGGUCACAGUGGACAGAUAUUCAUAGUGGAGGGACAGAAGAUCUUUCACAUCCUAGGGCAGAAACUUUGCUGAGUAACAAUAUGGGAGGCUCUACACUAACAGAGUCAAUGCCCCAACAGCAAGGACAGAGAGAGUUACAGCAGGUAAUAUCUAAUAAUAACUGUACAAAUAAUCAGGAGACAGAAGAUGAGUUCAUGCAAUAUUUCCACAAGACUACAGUAGAGUUAGAUGAUGCGCAAAAGUCCAAUCAAAUAUCUGAAUUGCGUAAAUUGUUACAGAGAAACCUGCCGGGGGGUCAGGCUCAGGGCGGAGUUGGGGGAGGUGUGAGGCCCCUGGUGAAUGAUGCAGAUAUGUUGGAUCAGGAUGCAUCUGUAGCUGGGGGAAUGAGGCGGAGAGUAAGCUUUCAACCUUCACUAGAUGGAGGAGAAGCAUUGAACUCCUUGAUGGGUGGACAGACCGUGGGAUCCGUCCCUCCCAGCCCCAACACUCGUAGGACACAGUUUAAUUUUACACCAAUAAGCAGUAACCUCGACCAAGCACAGGGUAUGUCACAGUGCUCUAGUGCCAAUGCCAGUCCUUUUAUGUCUCCUCGCAAUACCCCAUUGCCAAGGUCACGACACAACUCUGGCCAGACCAGCUCAACCUAUGUGACGCCCCGCAGUACACCAUUUACCCCAGAUCAGCCUAACUACCCAGUUACUUCAGAGUGCAGUACUCCCUUUAUGUCUCCAAUACCCACACCACUGUUUCCAAGGUCACGCCAUAACUCGAGCCAGAACCUUCGUACCCCCUACACCCCUACUUGUCGCUCACGACACUCCUCAGGUGCUCCAACCUUUAGACACGCUCCUUAUACCUCUGAUGAUAUGUCUAGCCGUCGUGGAGGAAAAUAUCGCUCUAGGCACUCCUCAGGAAGUGUUCCACCAUCUCCCUCCUCUGCUCCACUGUCUCCGCUGGUGCAGGAUGGAUCAUUACUUCCACAACAUGAAAAUAUGAGCUUACAACUUCCAUCAGCCUCCAUGCUGCACCAUAUGCUCAAAAAUAAGCAGCCUGUAGGGAGUGGCAUUAAUGACUUGCGUCGCCGUCACAUGUCUGCCGGGCCCACCAUCCAUUAUCAACCUCAGCCUCCAGCGUUCCCAACUGAUCCAUUAGCCCAAGAAAUAUCAAGUGUAAUGACCAACUCUCAACCAGGACCCAGCAAUGCUCCUUCAGGAAAUUCAAAUCGACCUCAGUCAGUUCCACUGUUGCAGAUGAUCACUGCACCCCCUUGUAAUCCAGAAACUUUCCCCAAAUCCCAGCCAAACACUCCUCUAGUUAACCAACAGUUCACUUUUGCCGACUGCUGUGUGUCACAGCCUUCAUCUUAUGCCCCAACACCAGUGCCCAGUGAAUAUAAUGACUUCACAGACAGUUAUAACCUGGAUAUUGAUCCAAUGCUAGAUGUAAAUUUGCAGAGUGAUGCCGGUGCUUCAGUUGGACUCGAUAGUAUGGAAUCUUUAAAUAUGCCAGAAAGUCAGUCUGCCGAUCUGUCCACUCUAUCUGACCCAUUGCAAGUCCCUCCAAACAUUAAUCCAUUUUCUAUGAAUUACCAGAAUAAUGGAAGCAUGAGGACUAUGGAUGAUCAGAUAUCAAGGAAUGAGCCCAUUCUUGGUGGUGGUAGUUGUUGUAUGGACAACCUUAGAAUCCAACAGGGAGAUAUUGGCAGUGGUGCUCAGGGACCACUUAUGAGCUCAGCCUCAAUGCUAACUUUGAAUGCCCUCAAUCGUUCAGGGCUGUCCCUGGAGACUGGGGGUAGUGUUGGGCUUGAGGAGGACUUCCAGCCCACUCUUGGUGACCUGGGUGACCAGGAAGUGUUCAACUCACUGGUGCUGGAUGUGAACAAAGACUGACAUCAGCCUGCCACUUGGGCAAAGUAUCUGACAUAAUUGUUAAACUCAUCCGGUCAAUUAUUACCCAAUGUGGCUUCUUAUGUAACGGUACAUAUUUUGUACUUUUGUUUAGUCUACUCGGCACAUUGGGUACUAUACUCAACCCCGACACACCUGGAGUGCAGCCUCACAUGAUUGUACCUGUAGCAGGAAUAGCUACUAUCAGGGUUCUUGAUACAUAAGCCUAAUUUAGUUAAGUUUGUUCCAUCACCAUGGACUUCUGGCUUUAGUUUACAUCAGUAUCUAAAGAAUCCAAGUACUAGUGAGGCCUUGGUAUCAUUUUGUUCAAACAUCCAGGUAGAUGGUACAGAAACAUUAGUGCUGACUUGUGUAUCUUUUUUUAUGAGCUACUGGGGAACCUAGUAGAGUGUCAGAGCGAGUCAUCUCUCAGACAAAAGUGAUCUCAAAAAGUGGAAUUUGUCCUACAUGUAUUUAAACUCUCCACAAGUAGAAUAACAGAACCUUUUAUUUUGAUCUUGGUCAUAUAGAUUUUAAUGAGUAGUUGGGCAAAAGUAAGAUUUGAAGAAAAGGCUCUUGGCAGAACACCCUUUGAAGGUUAUCAGGACAACUGGUCAGUCAACACACCCAGCUGAUAAUGUGGAGAAGACAGUGGAGGUGGAAGGUUUAGUAGCUAUAAUGAAGACCGUCAUGGCAUGUGCCAAUUGAGUAGUGUUUUAGUUUUGUUACAAUUUUAUUAAACAAAAAAUAAUGAGUGAUUUUUUGUUGAGGCUUCAUGGCAGUGGCUUAUGUGAAAUUUAGCUGCAUAAGUUAAAACAGAUCUACCCAUGAUAUAGAUUAAGGAUUCUGGAGAAAAGAGAAGUUGCCUUAACAGUGUUGUAAUUUAAGGUAAUUCCAAUUUUUUUUGUUUUUGUUUUACAUAUUUACCAGUAAAUUAUUUAAUAACUGAAAAGGAAGAGUUAUCAGUCAAACAGGUCUGGGCAUAUUGGAAAGUAAGAAGUGCUAACUAAACAUUGUAGUUCACUCAGUUACUUUCUCCAGUGAUGUAAAAAAAAUAUUAAUAGUUUAUUUCUUGUUUGUUUUAGAGUAGUUGUAUGUAACAUAUGACAAUUUAUAAUUAAUUUAUUUUGUUAAAAAAUAUAUGUUAUAUGUCUGGAGGUAACUGGUGGAAUGUCUGUCUUAAAUUUGUGUACAGUAAUUUAUAACUCCAAGAACAUGAGAUUGUAUUCUGUUUUUAGUUGGCUAUCUUCUGAUUGAUCAAGUCAGCUGGCUUAAAGUGUGGGGUUCAGAUCGAAUCAGACAUUUAAUGUGAAAUGGUAAGAACAGCAGAAUGUUGAUAAGGAAUAGAACAUUAUUAGUGCAAAAAUUAUGGGUGUGAAAAGAUGACUUGGGAAAACAAGAGCAUUAAAAUUGGUUGAUAUGAUCAAGUCGUGAAGUGUAGAAUAGUGGCAACGACUAACAGUGCGUGGGAAACUGUACACUGUCAUUGUAAUAAGUGUUCCAAAGACAAGGGAUUAGAACAUGGUAUUAGAUGGGUUGGCAUUGUUAUCCUUGAAGGCAGUACUGUAAGGUUGUUCCACAUGCUGAUGGCCACUUUCUUUGGAGACAUUCAUGUGUAGCAUCCCUUAAUGUUGCUCUAGUCUAGACUCUGCUGUUCUACAAAAAUUUUCACCGUCAUGUUUUCCCUUCUACUGCUUGUGUCUCAUAAUGUGCACUUUCUCCUUUUAAUCCUGUGAAUAUCUGCUGAAGCAACCCAUAGUUUUUAUACAUUGUUUAUCUUAGUGUACUAUAUGGCAGAUGUUUCACUUUAUGAUAGCCAAACCAACCUGCAGAAUGCCUCAGCAAAAACUUCAAGCACUGCUUUUAGGUUUUCAACCGAAAGCUUUGUAAAUGAUGAGCAUCCAUAAUGUAUAGGAAAGGUCCUACUUUUGCAAGUUGCUGUGUGAAGUUAAAAAGGGAGUCGGUGAUGACCUACAGAAAAUCUCUCCACUGAACUCUUUCCAGAGUCCUCAAAUAAAUAUUGUAUUGUGCCCAGCUACUAUUUUAAUAUUUCAAACUAUUGUUUUCUCUAUACUGUCACUUUCUCAUAUUUAGCAGCUACACAGAAGCAGUUAUAAGUUGUAUUUUGAGACAUGGAAUAUGUUUUCUACUACUUCACAGCUUUGCCUCCUUAGGCAACAGAGAUGUGGACACACUUAUGUCCUUGUAUAUAUGUAUUAUGAUAUGUAAUAUAAGUAGUUUUCACUUGUGGAUGUUUGCAGAUUUUAGCAGGUAGAUUUAAGGCAUUGAGUGUUUAGUUUUUCACUGUCAUGACAAAGCAUUGACAUUAGUUAUUACGUACACAACAUUGGAUGUGAAGCACCUCCUGUCACCUGAGGUGGGUGCAAGUCAUCAACACAUAGGUUUAAGAAAGCCUGCAGGAAUGAUGGUGUGCUAGAAAUGACUAUGCUCAACAAUAUCAUUAUAUUUACUAGAUUUAUUGUAAAUUAUAAGGGGUUCUUAACACUCCAUUUUGUAUCUGUGAUAAUGAAAAAUCAUACAAAAAGUUUAAUAUUGUAAAAGUCUACAACAAAAACACUAAUUUGUAGUUUUAACUUCUGAGUUUCUGCAAAGGUUAUUUUAGUAGGUAGACAUAUCUAUAUAUUUUUACCCCACCAACUUACUUCAACCAUAUGUAAUUCUUUUGUGAUCUCGACCAUUUAUGUCAGGGUGUAAUUACUUGGGUGUCAGCUCAGAUAUGCAACACUGCAAACAGUGCAUGAGUGUUUAAGCCAGGGUGUGCAGUAUUGGUCACCACUUUGAGUACAAGAACAGGAGUGGGUGUCAGCUCUUGAUAUACAACUACAACUAUAAGUAAGAGCCUGCUCCAUGUACAACCUCUAGAAUUAUAAAAAUGUGUUAGCUAAUGGGCAUUAGUGUUCCAAGAGAAGAAUUAGCAUUUGCCAGAGUUUGCUUAAUGUUGUUAAGGAGUUGUACAGAGAGGAGAGAUGCAUCUUCAGUUUGCUGAGUGACGUUAUCUCGGACAUGAAACACAAUAACUCGCCUGUAUGGCAUAGUUCAUGUCCCAGUUCUGUUAUAUGGGUGAUAUGGAUUCUGUUCAUUAAUAUGUGCAUUCAGUUUUUUGGGGGAAAUAGUAUUAAAGCUAUUUGUAAAAACAAUUCCAAAUUUACCUGAGGCUUUGCUGUCCAAUGACGAAUGGUAAUACAACCCUGGGGAUGCGUGAGCCUUUUGGUAAAGAUGUACCAAAGAUGUAGUAAAUAUAUAGAUGGUCACCUGUUCUCAGGCUUGCCCUUUUUCAUCCAAAAGUUCAUUACUUUGGUUGUCAAUUUGCUCAUCUUAGAUAUUAGUUUUGAACAGUUUAUGGAAAAUCAUUUAGAAUUUUUCAUUUGGCUUAGUUCUUCACUGUGGGAGUACUUAAAAGGAUUUAUCACUCUUAUACAAAAAUAUUUGGUUGGUUAUAUUUGCAGUAACAGUGUUUGGUUGUGUUGUUUUUUUAUGCUACUGGAUGUGUUACAUGUUAAUACACAAAGGCAAUGAUAAAGGUUUGAUUGUUGGAAAAAAUGGUUAUGGAUGUUUCAUCAAAGAAUGCCAGAUUUUUCUUGUAGCCUUUUCUGUCCAUAAGGCUUAGGACCCUUCCUCAAUGCCAAGUAUUUAACAACGGUUGUGCAGCAUUUGUUUGCAAUUGAGAUUAUUUAUAACCAUAAAAGAGCAUAAUUCUGUGUUUAAUGGUAUAAGACAUUACGAGUUGCCACCCCUCUCGGCAUGCUGUUCUUGUUCCCUGGCCCGACAUUAUGGUUACAUCAGGAAGACAUUGAUUCAUCUCGUGAAUGAUCCUGAAUUACAUUAAAUUUAUUGAGCACAGUGAAGUCUUAGCAUCUUGUAAUUGUGAAUUAUUAAUAAAUUAGAUUCAAAGUCAGAUAAACUUCAAAUCAACACUUGAUUUGUCAUGAAACCAAACACAUUGACUUUUGAGGAAGGAUGAUAUACUUUUAACUGUAAAGGAACUAUAGAUUAACAAAUACACUUUUUGAAGAAUAUCACUCAUUUUAUUACCUUAAACUGGUUUCUGUUAUUUGCUAUGAUGUACAAAGUAAAGCACUGAACGAGAGGUUUAGUAGAGGCCAAACUCAAUCAUUAAUCAUCCUAUUUUCUCAUUUACAAAAUAUUUGUAGAUCAGGUACAGUAGUUACCUAGCAAGAAGUGUGCAGUUAUUAUAUGCAUUUGUAUUAAAAUGGUUUUGUGUGAGCUCUGAGAAUGUUAAGUCUUCUUUCUUGUAAUAAGUAACCGUGAUUACAGGUGUUGCUUUUGAGUUCUUGUGAAUAAGGAAAUGGCUUGAUUUUGACAAAUAAGUUUGGUUUCCAUUAAUCUAUUCACUUCCACCCUUGGGUGGAACAGGUGCAGUAUGCACCCUCUUGAUCUUAAAAGACAAUGGGAAUGUGGAGGAUUUAUUUCAAUGGCCCAACUCCCAAACCCAAAGGUAAGAUGCAGCAAAGAAAAAAAAAGUGACGUGAAGUUGAUCUCAGAAGUUGAGAUUUGAUUGUUUUUAUUACCGAAUUCUUAUAUGUAAUUUUUUCAUUAUUAACUGUAGAUUAUAUCUUUGAAAUUUAUAUGCCAAGCCAGUUCUCAAAACAACUGAACAAAAUUGUGACAAAAGAUGACUGCAUGAUGGUAAACUUAGCAUGAUAAGUAUUCUCUUCUCUUGUAUCACCUUCAUAACCACAUUCAUGUACUCAAUCAUUAGUGGCUUGGAAACUCCUAAGAACUCUGGUAUUAGGUUGGUAUUUGUUUAGUUUAUUUCAUAUUUUAGUUAAUUAUAAUGUUCUUAUUUUAUCCUUAAUUAAACUGUGUACUUGUGAAUUUUAUUAACUCAAAGACAAAACUGAGAUAUUUAAUUUUAGAACUCAGAAGGUUGAGCUUUUCCUUGUUGACUUUCAGCAGUAAAUAAUCACAAACUACUUUUAUCAUAGACACCAUUUUCAAGUCACGGUCCCCUACUUUUUACAAUAGUAUGCAAGAUGAUGUACGUAUAUUGUAACUCAGUCAUUUAGGUUUCAGUCCUUGCCAUGUCAUAUACACAUUUGAAUAAGCAUACAGUAUAUCUUUCAUUUUAUCUGGAAAACUUCUCAAAUGUUAAUAUUGUACAGUAUACAACCGAGCUUUAUGGAGCACUCACUGUGAGCAGUGUUCAGCACAUGAGAUGACACCUGGUCAAAAAUAUCCCUGCUUCUGUUAUACUGUAUUUGGUUCUUGUUAUCAGAAAAGCACAUUAUUUUAGCGGCUUUGAUAUUCUUAUUGGUGAUUUAAAGCUGUGAAACUGGUUUGGAGAAGUUUGUCAAGGCUAAAUACUGUAUUAUUGUAAAUAUGACCCUCAUCUAAUCUGUUACCUGCUGCCAUAGCCGAGAUUGUUGGUAGUACAUAUUUGUCAUUGCCUCGUGGGUGAAGAUGGUUCAUGUCAACUUGAGCCAAGACUUUUUGGACUUGUUCAAUCUUGUGUGUUCAAAUAAGCUGUAGUGUUUUAGAUACAUGCAUUUGAUUAAGAUUUCACAAGGAUUUUAUAUUGUUGUAGUAUAAUAAUUGUAUGUGUACUGAGGUCUUUACACAUUACCUUUCAGUGACUGGAGUUGGAUUUAAUUUCUUCAUUUCCUUAGGCCUAUACAGUUGAGUGACAGUGGAACAUGGUUUUAUAUUCUCUUGAUUUCCUAUUGCCAGUAUGGUUCAAAACAUCAUAAUGUUUUUGACAAAUCCAUCAGCUUUCUUGUUAAAGCUGUUCCAGUUCUGUUGUAAGAGUGAAUCACUUUUUACAGUUUCCUGGCUAGAAGGAGAGGCACCUGUUAAAGUCUCUCUGCUUAGAGGGAGGCAAAUGUUGUUGUCUCUUAGCUUGGGGAGAAAGGCAGCCAUUUUGUCUCUAGGCUAGAGAAAGAGGCAACAGUUAUUCUCUCUAUCAGUGAGAGAGCCAACUGCCAGUCUCUUGGCAUCAGUCAGGAGGCAGCCAACCUCUGAAUUUAGUCAAAUCCAAUGUUAACAUCCACUACGUGAUUUCUUUGCCAUUUCUAUAACCCUGAGACCUAUUGAAGAUGGAUAUGGAUGAUGGCACCCUUAAGGAAUGUGAAAUAUUUAAGAUGAACUGCCAUCAGUUUAGCCAAACUUAUGCAUCUAUAUUAGCUACAACAUUAUUUGUGUCCACGAUUAAGUUUCUUGGAUUAGAGAAAAUCUUUUAUGCAAGUUGAGAACUACCAGCAGUGAUACCUUUUAGGGGUCCAUGUAAGAUAUAAGUUAUAAUACUUGUUCUUAUGGACUUGUGCUUUGAGACCACAACUAGGUUUUAGGCCUGAAAUUUGUUUAAUUUUUGAAGCUGAUAUUGCUGUCCUGAUAUAGAAAAAAACAAUUAUAUCAGAUUUUAUGACAAGUGAUUUCUAUGGCCAUAAGGUUUUGGGUCAAAACCCCUUUUAAAAAUUAAUUUAAAGUUUUAAAGGUUGUUUAACUUGCUGGAAAGUUAGUUUGAAAUACCAGCUGCCACAUCAUUGCUUCUCCUGCAGCUCACAGAAUUGUGUGUUGAAAAGGUUUCCAAGAUAAUCUACUGCAGUUUUACAGAAAAUUACACAACUACCUCAGUACACAAAACUCUUUUGAAAUGUUAUGCAGUUUCUUUCUGUUUAUUCCCAAUAUCUCUGACCACUUGUACUCACCUUGGAAUGUGUUGAUAUAAAUCUCCAAACAUAAUUACAUAAACUGGGCCUGUAGGUUUACUGCACACUAUACAUUCAAUAUCUACAUACAGGAGUAAAAAUUCAUGUUAAAUGAACUGUAUACAGUAUACCCUAGAAUAUAAAGAUCCCCUUGAAAUAUAUGUUUAUUCAAGACCAUUGAAAACAACCGGAUCCAAAAAUAAAAUAGGCAGAACCUACAGUAGUUAUAGACACAAGAUCCCUUAAGGGUGCCAGAGUGACAUAACCGUAUCAUUAAUUGGUGUGUCAGAGUUACAGAAACAGCAAAACACAUAGAUGAUAAUUUUGGGUUAUUGUCUCUGCUUACCAACUAGAUGGAGGAAGAGUCUGUUGUUACUGUAUGCUGUCUAGAAAGAGAAACUGCUCUUAUUUGAUUAAAAAGAAGAGACACAACUGUUGCUGACUCUUAGUUAGAGAGAACUAACUCUUAUGUUCGAUAAAAGAAUAACCAGCUGUUUUCUCUUGGCUAGUGAGAGAACCAGCUUCUAUUUUCUCUUGGGUAGAGAGAACCAACUCUUAUUGUUUUUGGUAAAGGGAGAACCAGCUGUUAUCUCUUGGAUUAGAGAACCAGCUGUUAAUAGCUCUUGGCUAGAGGAAGAACUAACUGUUAUUGUUGCUUGGUUAGAGGGAGUGGCAGCUGGUCCUGUUUCUUACAGGAAGACUAACAGCUGUUUCCUUGAUUGAGGAAGAGGCAGGUAUUGCUAUUCCCCCAAAUCAUUUUGUUUAAUUGAAAAGUAUAUUAAUGCUGAAAGCAAAGAGCUUUUUAUGACUAAGAAGAUGAGUAUAUCUUUCUUUUGGCUUUCUACAUUCUUAAGGAUUUUUAUUUCAAUUUCUCCUCUUAGCACAAAACUGACGACUGUGGCUUGUUAACUGAGCUACUAUGAUGAUGUGUAUGAAAAAGGGAUGUAAAUAUCACACAAUCUUAGUUGUUGUAUCCUUAACAAUACAGUAACCUUUUUUGUUAUUUUUGAUAUUGCAAAAUAUUUUAUCCUUUUAGUGAUUUUUACAAAACUAGUUACAUAUGGAGAGUGGUGGUAUUCUGUAUGGACUAUCUCUAGAACAUUACUAAUGUUCUCAGAAAUGUAUUUGUCGCCAAGGAUGAGGGCUUAACCCCAAUGUUUGUUUGACACUAUAAAAUAUAUAUAUAUAUAUAUAUAUAUAUAUAUAUAUAUAUAUAUAUAUAUAUAUAUAUAUAUAUAUAUAUAUAUAUAUAUAUAUAUAUAUAUAUAUAUAUAUAUAUAUAUAUAUAUAUAAAUAAACAGCAACAAGGGGCAAAGCCACCUUUAAUUAGUACAAAAUAAUUUCAUUAAUUUUUAUUUUUAUUUUCAUUUCUAAAAUACAAGCUGCUAGUGAGAAUUUAUUAUUUUUUAUCUCAUGUGCAGUGCAGCCAAGUACGACCCCUUAAUAUAUUUAGGGACCAAAUGCUAAAUAAUUAAGCUUGCAUUAUUUGUUGAAGUCACUGGCAUCUUCAUGUUUUGGCAAAAUACCCGAAUCACAUUACAGCUACAAUUCUAUCUAAGACCUACAAACCAAGAUUAUUGAUUAUCAAUUAAGCAAUUCUCCAUCAAGACAUAAGAACUUAAAAACAGUUUCAUAUGAGAAAUAAUAGCUAAUGGAAAUAGACCACCAUGACUCCAGUCACCUCAAUAAUGAAAAUUAACUGUUACAGUGCUUGCAUGUGUAUCUGUUAUAGAGAAAAAUUACUCUACCUUGCAUGCCAGUUACCCAUCCAUGAAUUACAUUCAUUAAACUAUUACUGCCUGAGAUCACUGCCUGUUAAUUAUGAUAUUUCCACCUCUCGAAUGAGAAAUUAGCUAGUGUGGUCGUGAUGGGGGUAAGUGACCAGCCUGGCACUCAUUACAAAUGGGUCCUCUCCACAACAGCACAGUAAAAUAUCACACAUCCUGACAUAUUUGGUGCAGCAGACUUGUAGCUUGAUAAUUUAGUCUAUCGGCAAUUAAUUUUACUAAAUGGGGCACACGAGAAAUCUUAAAGAUUUAACAAUAAACACAUUUAUCCUUUACGUGAAGCGCGGUGAAUCAAGACUUCCACGUAGCUUUAAUGCAUCAUUAUGAUUCACUUUGCUCACUUAAGUCAAUGAGCCCAUAAUUCUACAUCAAAUGCACAUUAAAAGAUUAUGGUUUUCUCUGUGUUUUUAUUAAUUUUUUAAGCAAGAUUGUAUCUUCAGUAAAAGUAAAGACAAAUUACAAUCAGACACCUCCCAUACCAUUUGGUUUGUUUAUAAAUAUCCUCCCAUUAUUGAUAUACCUACAAGAAAAAAAAAAUAUCGACUAUAUAUAAUCAAUAAAAAUUUUAAAAUGUAUCAGACUUACAGUUAUUACAACUGUGAAUUAUUAUCUAUGAUAGUAGUGUAUGAGUCAGAGGUAAAUGUUUACAGACAAUAUGUUUCUGCUUCAGAAAAAUAAGAAGAAAGUUUAGGGAAAAAGAUUGAUUGCAGGAAGUGAUAUAAUUACCUAUGUACACAACUGCUCAAUGACUACCUUUCAAAAGUCGUGGAUAUUGAUGCCACUGUUUCCAAUAACUAAUGUACUGCCAGAAGUGGGUAUUAUUGCAUUCUUUUUAUGUAUAAUGAUUUAUGUCAAGUGACAGGUUAAUCCUGCGAAUCGCUGAAACAGAUACUGUGUCACCUGUGGCAUGGUGCUGGUUACUUAGCAUCUGAUGUACUUGGCUGCAGCAAACUCACCUACAAACUAUUGCUAAGCAAACAUUAUCUGUAUAUCUUAAUUCUUUAAAUACAACAAAUAAUUUGCCACAAGAA